CCGGUUUCCAGUCAGUCGCGCGCGGAUCGAGUGAACCUACCGAGAGGUGGUGACCGACCGCAGGUUUUUCUAUUAGAAACCUAAAGAAAAUACAUUUCAAAAGCAACUGACAGUUACAAUAAGACCUUAUUUUUUACCCGAAAGGACGGCGGUACCGGAGAUAAGUCCAGGCGAGCGAAAGAAGAAAGUAAUCCCGAAGGAGAGCGCCCGAAGUGAGCUGGAGGAUCCGAUGCUAACGCUACUUAGCCUGCCUAUGCUAAGCGCUCUCGUGUCAUUCUAACGUUAACAGCCUUUUUGCUUUGACACAACAAAGCAAAGUAGUGGAGUAGACAGCCCUGAAAACUGAAUACUAGCUGCAUUUUAUCUGAACAUUGAGGUGUCCUGUCUUUAAAUUUCGCUUGCUUCUUGUAGUUUACAAGCAAGGCCAAAAGAGACGGAUAUUCACUUAGCAAGAUUAGCUACAGUUCAGUAGCCGGUCUGAUUGAGGUUAACUGCACCGGCUUGGCGCUCAUCGGGACAGUGUACUUGUGUUUCAUAGCUAAAGUUAGCUGGCUCCGAAGCAACUUUAACAUCCCGAGGUGUCAGUGUUUAUAAGUUGGUUAGCUACAUUUGAUAUAGUGAAAGCAUAGUGCUUGGGGAUGUUGAAACAACAACAACAGCCCGGCUCAGGCGGGCGCAAAACGUCAAACGGGACGUCGGGCCCCGGCGGCAUGUCUUCCCCGGGCAGUGGGAUCAACAACAGCAACAGAGCGCCGACUGGGAGGAAUCGAAAUUCUGUGAAGCCACCGUUCCAGUCAUCUCCUGUGUUUGAGGGUGUGUACAACAAUGCCAGGAUGCUACAUUUCCUGACAGCUGUUGUGGGUUCUACAUGUGACAUUAGAGUGAAGAAUGGCAGUGUAUAUGAGGGCAUAUUCAAGACUCUCAGCUCCCGGUGCGAGUUGGCGGUGGAUGCAGUCCACAAGCGCAGUGAGGAGGAGGGCUCAACGUCAGCUCCACCCCGGAGAGAGGAGAUCACUGACACCAUGAUCUUCAGCCCCUCAGACCUGGUCACGAUGAUCUGCAGAGACGUUGACCUCAACUAUGCCACCAGAGACUCCUUCACAGACACAGCCAUCAGCUCCAGCCGUGUCAAUGGAGAGCACAAAGAAAAAGUACUGCAGAGAUGGGAGGGAGGUGACAGCAACGGGGAGAGUUAUGACCUAGAGAAUGAUACAUCCAAUGGCUGGGAUGCCAAUGAGAUGUUCCGUUACAAUGAAGUGAAAUAUGGAGUCACUUCAACAUACGACUCCAGCCUCUCCAUGUACACUGUGCCACUGGAGAGGGGCAGUUCAGAGGGCUAUCGGCAGAGGGAGGCACGUGCUGCUCGCCUGGCCAGUGAGAUUGAGUCAAGCCCACAGUAUCGCCACCGUGUCAGCCUGGAAAAUGAGGAGGGCAAGACUGAAGAGGAAAAGUAUAGCGCUGUUGUGCGAGAUGGUGCUGAUCGUGAGAGGGGCCGAGAGAGCCCCCGGGACAGGGAGCGAGAGAGGGGCCGAGACAGCCCUGGAGCCAACAGCAGGGAGGGCAAGUACAUUCCGUUACCCCAACGCCAGAGAGAGAUGAACCGGGAACGGGACCGAGCUGACAGAGGUCCUGGUGGGCCUUCACCUCACAACCGACUAAGUGGAGGUUACCGCUCCACACCCCCUUCCUCCUCCUCCUCCUCCUCUCCCAGACCCCCCCUUCCCUCUGCUGCUGGGCCACAGGCUGGUGUCUCCCCUGCAGAACGAAGCAGCCCUCUGUCUGGCCGAGGCGGAGGCUUUGCUCCCCACCACCCACAGGGCAGCCCCAGCCCAGGACCUGGCUCCAGCCCUGCAAGCCCCUUCACCCCUGCCUCCCCUGGGGGUCCGGCCUCAGCAGCCUCUGCUUCAGCUGCCCAGUCCCCGGCCAGCCCCCCCGCCCCACAUGGACACUCUGUCCCCCACUCCCACUCACUCCCACACUCGCUGUCUGAUGCUGGCAGGCCUGUCAAUGGAGUGUCAGCUAGAACGUCUCCCAAAGCCCAAAGACCUCAACAGUCGAGCAAAACAGUCCGUACUUCAAACUCACACACUCAGUCAACAGCCACUCGCUCUCCUAAAUCAGGCUCCUCCCAGGACACACCUUAUUUGGACACAUCAUCUGUCUCUAUGCCCACUCAGAAGACUUCUGGCCCCGCCCCUCUCUUCCCUGUAGAUGUGAACGAAAUCCUUAGCACAGCUGCAAAGGAACGCUCAGCCGAGAGCCCCAGCAGCACAGAGGACAGCAAGACUAGUAAAGCUCCCUCAGUUCAGCAAAGGUCGCAGAUUGAGGAGUUGCGGAAAUUUGGCAAGGAAUUCAGGCUCCAGCCAAGUGGAGGCAAUUCUAGUUCUCCCAGCUCCCCAGCAGCAGCAACUCCUCCUGCUCCAAGUGAGAUCACCCAAGCCAGCCCAAAACCAUCAUCAUCUGACGCUCAACCAGCCUCAGAGGCUAAACCCCAGCCCCCAGCUGCCAGUCCUUCCCAGCCCCAGCCCUCACCAGCCCCUGCUGAGGAGCCAACCAAGGACACCAGCACUGCACCAAACACCACAGCUGCCAGCACAGGACCCAUUUCAGACCGGCAGUCACCAGCUGCCCCUCAGCCUGCCAGGACCCCAGGAAGUGAGGAAGUCAGGUCGGAGACAACGGAGCGAACGGAAGGAGUGGCUGACCAAGUGAAGAAGUCAACGCUAAACCCCAACGCUAAAGAGUUCAACCCUAUCAAACCUCAAAUGCCUAUGUCAAAGCCCAACACUGCCCCCACACCACCUCGUCCCACUCCUCCAAGCCCAGUGGUCCUUCAGCACCCAGGGGGGCAGGGACCUCUCUACAAUGGUCCCUACCUCUCCUAUGUCUCACAGAUCCACUCUGUGCAGCCCCCUCCAAUGUACCAGUAUACCAUGUCCACAGUCAACCAGGGAAAGUACACUAGGACCAAAAGCUCAGUUGUCGCACCACGCUCUGAUCAUGGUACGUCAGCGCCUCCCAUGCUGCAGGCUGCCGCAUCUGCUGCUGGAGCCCCCCUGGUGGCGUCGCCCUACCCUCAGUCCUACCUGCAGUACAACCCGCAGCAGUACAGUCAGCAGCAGGUCAUCCAGGCCAUGACACCUUACCCUGGACAGCCUGUGUACCCCAUGCUGCAGGGAGGUGCCAGGAUGAUAGGUCAAGGUGGGGCUCCCCACCCUCAGGCCCUGGGACCUCCAGGAGGCCCUCAGUUCCCUGCACAGGGAGACGGACCUCAGGGCCCACAGCAGGGUAUCUAUGCCCCCCAGUCUUUCUCCCACCACUCAGGUGCAGUGCAUCAGCCGCAGCCCUCCAGCACCCCUACAGGGAACCAGCCCCCACCCCAACACGCUGCCCCUAGCCCCGGACAGAACGCCCAGUCGGGCCCACAGCCCCAGUCCUUGUACCACUCAGGUCCCCUGUCAGCACCCACUCCCCCCAACAUGCCGCCAGGCCACACGUCUCCACAGGGCUCCUACCCCAUCCAGGGCUACAGCAUCCACGGCCACCAGGGCAUCCCACACACAUACCCUCUGGGUCAGCUAGCACAGGCCCAUGUACAGGGGGCCAUGUCGGGUCCCCACCACUCGGGGAGCCACGGUCAGCCCCAGUUAGUGAUGCUGCAGCCGCCUCCACCCCAGCAGGGCCCAGGCUCAGUGCCCCAGCACCCACAGCACGGACCCCAGCAAGGAGCACACCAACACUUCUACAUAGGACAUCCACAAGCAAUGCAGGUACAAACACACCCCUCGCCCUUCCAUCCUCCUGGAAACUAAAGUCCUCUGGUCCCCACCCACCCCAUCCCUGCCCCUUGGAACAAGCCUGAACAUCUCCAUAGAGUCCUGGAUGUGAGGCCCAAACUGGAUGUGACCCACAAAAACAAAAGACUUACAGGAUAGUACAGGGGAGAGAGGAGGACAAAACGUCACAUGGCACCUUAUUUGUCUGCUGUAUCAGUACAACUUCAAUUUCAGCCCCAAACGAAGAGGACCACAAGACUUGAGAUGCUUUUGAUGAAGGUGGAAGACAGCAUCGUCCAAUCCUGGCUGUCAUCCAGCUCUCCACUCCAUCUCCCUCCCUUGUAAAGACUUAAGGCACCAUGCUGGAGAAGCAAAAGCGAGGCUGAAUAAAAGGAGACACGACACUUUAUCUUCCAACAUUGUGUUUUUAGCCUUGUGGGUUUAAGUACCAUAAAACAAAUGGGAAAUACAAACUGACGCGGGAUUUUUGUGAAUUCAGAGCAUGUGUCCCCAAGGAAUAAAGAACACACGGCUUGAAAGGAGGGAAUAGAAGAGGAGAGGGGAUUUUUAGCAGUUUUUUUGUUUGUUUGUUUUUUUUUUAACUUGAUCCGGUAGUUAAAACCCACCCCCUUUGCCCUUCUUCUCUCCUGUAGGGAAAUAUAAAUAAUAAUAAAAGAAAACACAAAAAAAUUAUUAAAACAACAAUGACCAAAAAAUAAAGUUUUCAACUUAACUACA